AAUGUACUCAUUGGUUUCGUCUUAUAUAUUAGAGAAAUUGUAAAUAAUGUCAAUUUAUAGGUGGAGAAAAUGACAACACAAACAUAUAUUCUUUUAUCCAUACGAUCAUGCAUGUUCUUACUAUGUUUUAGCAUUGGCUUUGGUCGCAAAAACCUACAAGACAAGCUCGGUGACACUAAAUUUGCGCCCGUACCUGUUGAAGCAACCGAGCUUAGAGCCGCUUUGGUUACUAAUUCCGAAGCAAGAGACAUUUCAAGUACUAUUGGUUUGGGAGAGGUUGAAAGUCAAGAAAUGCAUCACAUUUACAUAGGAACAGGUAAACAAGACAAUAUAAACUCUGCGCCUACAAAGACUAUUAGGGGUACCGUUUCCAUCAAAUUCUCAUUUCCUAUCAUCAAGAUUCGAAUUCCUAUUCCAAAUCCAAAUUUUACGGUGGCUACGGAAAACCAACUCAUUGAAGAAAAGAUUAAAGGUAUUGUCAUAAGUCCAACGAAGACUAAUGUGUUUGGUAUUUCCCUUUGAAAUGACGGUCUAGAGCUCGGAUUCAGCUACAAAAAACUAGCCCCAACAACCGCAUAUUGAAGGCCUUGCCAGUUUCCUAUAAAGCAUACCGCUGAACUGAUAAUGUUAUGGUUUUAGAGACAAAUAUUUAUGGUAACCAGACCAUCGAAUAUAAACAAAAUAUGUAGUGAUCUUUAACCAGCACCUUGCCAAAACUUUUGAAUGAAGAAUGAAAAAUGAAAAAAGGAUAUAUGUGAAACAUUUUCUUACAUCUAUUUACUAUAUGAUUUAAUUGCCUAUGAUCUAUAGUAAAAAUAGUCAUAUACUGAUCUUAAAUCUGAGUUGAGAAAGAAAUAUAGAAAACCGAACAACUAACCAUGUUUCUAUCUUAAGUCUUAACAUUCUCUUCUCAUUGGCAAUGAGGAUGAUCUUGAGAGUGAUUCUGUUGUUUCUGUGUGCAGCCUUGAGAAAGUUGUUGAAGAUA